AUGGGUCUUAACUUAGAAGAGCUCUAUGGCAAAGAUCUAAGUGAGGAGCAGGCUCCCCAGGAGUAUUCACAGUACCAGCCCAAGCAAGGCUAUGGCUGGGCCAAUGCCCUGCCCGAGCGGCAAGGUCUGUAUGAUCCUGAAUAUGAGAAGGAUGCCUGCGGUGUAGGCUUUGCGGCCCAUAUUAAGGGCAAGCCGAGCCACAAGAUCGUUAGUGAUGCCCGCAACCUGCUGUGCAACAUGACCCACCGUGGAGCCGUUGGCUCUGACGCCCGGGACGGUGACGGUGCCGGUGUGAUGACCAGUAUUCCUCACAAAUUCUUCAUCAAGAACUUUGCCCGAGAGGUUGGAGUGGACCUUCCUCCAUUGGGACAAUAUGCAGUCGGCAACUUGUUCUUCAAGCCUGACGAGGAGGCACUCAAGCAGUCUAUUGCAAGCUUUGAGGAAUUGGCUACUUCUUUGGGCCUCCGAACUCUAGGAUGGCGUGAGGUGCCUCGGGAUUCAACCAUUCUUGGUCCCGCUGCCCUUUCACGGGAGCCAAUUAUUAUGCAGCCCUUCGUUGUGUUGAAAUCAGCAUACGGCGAAGGUAACAAGCCCGAAAUCACCGACACCGAAAAGUUCGAUGAGAGAAACUUUGAGCUUCAGCUGUAUGUCCUACGGAAACGGGCCACCCAUGUUAUUGGCCUCGGCAACUGGUUCUAUCUCUGCUCCCUCAGCAACCGCAACAUCGUCUACAAGGGUCAGCUCUCUCCCGUACAGGUUUACACAUACUACCACGACUUGGUCAACGUAGAUUAUGAGGGUCACUUCGCCCUGGUGCACUCUCGAUUCUCUACAAACACAUUCCCCUCAUGGGAUCGUGCUCAGCCUUUGCGAUGGGCUGCCCACAACGGUGAAAUCAACACGUUGCGAGGAAACAAAAACUGGAUGCGCGCACGAGAGGGUGUCCUUCGAUCGGAGGUUUUCGGCGACGAGCUUGACCAGCUUUACCCUAUUGUUGAGGAGGGUGGUUCUGACUCUGCUGCAUUUGAUAACGUGCUCGAACUUCUUAUGAUCAACGGUGUGUUGUCUCUUCCCGAGGCCGUUAUGAUCAUGAUUCCCGAGGCCUGGCAGGACAACCCAGCCAUGGACCCGGCCAAGUCUGCUUUCUAUGAGUGGGCUGCCUGUCAGAUGGAACCCUGGGAUGGCCCAGCUCUUUUCACCUUCUCCGAUGGACGCUACUGCGGUGCCAACCUCGACCGUAACGGUCUGCGGCCUUGCCGUUUCUAUGUCAUGGAUGACGACCGCAUUGUUUGUGCUUCCGAGGUCGGUGCAAUUGAUAUCGACCCCGAGAGAGUCGUGCAAAAGGGUCGCCUGCAGCCCGGAAAGAUGCUGCUCGUCGAUACUGUCGCUGGACGCAUCAUUGAUGAUGCUGAGCUGAAGCAGACUGUCGCCCGCCGUCAUGACUUUGCUAGCUGGUUGGAUAAGGAGCUUUUGAAGCUUCCCGCUAUCAACAAGUUGCUACUUGACUCCAAUGUGGACCUUUCCUUUGCUCUGGAUGAUAACACCAUCCAGAACGACCCCCGUCUUCGUGCCUUUGGAUACUCUUUUGAGCAAGUCAGCUUAUUGCUUGGUCCAAUGGCCGCUGAUUCCAAGGAAGCUUUAGGAUCCAUGGGUAACGAUGCACCUUUGGCUUGCAUUGCCCAGCAGCCUCGUCUUCUCUACGAGUACUUCCGUCAGUUGUUCGCUCAGGUCACCAACCCGCCCAUUGACCCUAUCAGAGAGGCUGUGGUCAUGUCUCUUGAGUGUUACGUUGGACCCCAGGGCAACUUGCUCGAGAUGGACCCCACCCAAUGCCAUCGUCUCCUCCUGCCUUCUCCCAUCUUGAGCAUCCCCCAGUUCAAUGCCUUGAAGAAUGUCAACUUGGCCCACAAGGAUUGGACUGUCCGCACCAUUGACAUCACAUUCGAAAAGAGCAAGGGUACACCUGGUUAUAUCGAGGCCCUCGAUGCCAUCUGUGAGGCCACUACCGAGGCCAUCCAGAACGGCGACAAGAUCAUCAUUCUGUCGGAUCGCGCUACCUCUGCCGAGCGCGUUCCUGUCUCUGCUUUGUUGGCUACCGGUCUCGUUCACCACCAUCUGGUUCGCAACAAGUGGCGUUCGCUUGCUGCCAUCGCCGUCGAAACUGCUGAGGCUCGUGAGGUCCACCACCACUGUGUCCUGCUCGGAUAUGGUGCUGAUGCCAUUAACCCUUACCUCGCGCUGGAGUGUAUUCUCAAGAUGAACCGUGAGAAGCUGAUCCGCAAGGACAUCUCUGAUGAGAAGGUCAUUCAAAACUACCAGUCUUCUUGCGAUGGUGGUAUUCUCAAGGUCAUGAGUAAGAUGGGUAUUUCCACCCUUCAGUCCUACAAGGGUGCCCAGAUUUUUGAAGCCCUCGGUAUCGAUGACACUGUCAUCGACCGUUGCUUCGCUGGUACUGCCAGUCGCAUCCGUGGUAUCACCUUUGAUCUGAUUGCUGAGGAUGCUUUCGCUUUCCACGAGCGUGGUUACCCUUCGCGUCCCAUCAUUGAAAUCCCCGGUCUUCCAGAGUCCGGAGAGUACCACUGGCGUGAUGGUGGUGAGGCCCACAUCAAUGACCCUGUCAGCAUUGCCAACAUGCAGGACGCCGUUCGUACCAAGAACGACAAGUCUUACGAGGCCUAUGCCAAGGCAGAACAUGAGCAAAUCAAGAACUGUACCCUGCGUGGUAUGCUCGACUUCGACUUUGAGCAGCGUACUCCUAUUCCCAUUGACCAGGUCGAGCCUUGGACUGAAAUUGUCCGUCGCUUUGUGACUGGUGCUAUGUCUUACGGAUCAAUUUCUAUGGAAUCCCACUCCACACUCGCUAUCGCCAUGAACCGUUUGGGCGGCAAGUCCAACACUGGUGAGGGUGGUGAAGACUCUGAGCGUAGCAAGAGAAUGGAGAACGGUGACACCAUGCGAUCUGCUAUUAAGCAGAUUGCCUCUGGUCGUUUCGGUGUUACAUCCAACUACCUGGCAGACGCCGAUGAGUUGCAGAUCAAGAUGGCACAGGGAGCGAAGCCUGGUGAAGGUGGUGAACUGCCCGGCCACAAGGUGCUCGGCCCAAUUGCUCGCACUCGUUUCUCCACACCGGGUGUCGGUCUCAUCUCUCCUCCUCCACACCACGACAUCUACUCCAUUGAGGAUCUUAAGCAGCUCAUUUACGAUCUCAAGUGCUCCAACCCGCGUGCUCGCAUCUCCGUCAAGCUCGUUUCUGAGGUUGGUGUUGGUAUUGUCGCCUCUGGUGUGGCCAAGGCCAAGGCUGACCACAUCUUGAUCUCUGGUCACGAUGGUGGUACUGGUGCCUCUCGCUGGACUGGUAUCAAGUAUGCUGGUCUUCCGUGGGAAUUGGGUCUCGCGGAAACCCACCAGACUCUGGUUCUGAAUGACCUUCGUGGUCGUGUUGUAGUCCAGACUGAUGGUCAAAUCCGUACUGGUCGUGAUUUGGCUAUUGCCUGUUUACUCGGUGCUGAGGAAUACGGCUUUGCCACUACUCCUUUGAUCGCAAUGGGUUGUAUUAUGAUGAGAAAAUGCCACUUGAACACCUGUCCUGUUGGUAUCGCAACCCAGGAUCCUGAGCUCCGCAAGAAGUUCCAGGGUACGCCUGAGCACGUCAUCAACUUCUUCUACUAUGUUGCCAACGAGAUGCGUGCUAUUAUGGCCAAGUUGGGCGUCCGCUCCGUCAACGAGAUGGUCGGCCGUGCGGAGCUGCUCAAGACCCGGGAUGACAUUCGCAACGCCAAGCAGGAGCGUGUGGACCUGUCACUUAUUUUGACUCCUGCUCACUCUCUUCGUCCUGGUGUUGCUACCUACAAUGUUCGGAAGCAGGAUCACCGGCUCCACACUCGCCUGGACAACAAGUUGAUCGCAGAGUCUGAGCUUGCUUUGGAGAAGGGACUUCCUUGCCGCAUCGAGUGUGACAUUGUCAACACUGACCGUGCCCUGGGUGCCACCCUCUCUUACCAGAUCAGCAAGCGCUAUGGCGACAAUGGUCUUCCCCAGGACACCAUUCAUGCAAACAUCAAGGGAUCUGCGGGUCAGUCCUUUGGUGCUUACCUUGCUCCGGGUGUCACCCUUGAGCUCGAGGGUGACGCCAACGACUACGUCGGUAAGGGUCUGUCCGGUGGUCGUCUCAUCGUCUACCCACCUCGCGGCGCUGCUUUCAAGGCCGAGGAGAACGUUAUCGUUGGUAACACCUGUCUUUACGGUGCUACUCGCGGAACUUGCUACUUCCGUGGUAUGGCCGCUGAGCGUUUCGCUGUCCGCAACUCCGGUGCUACUGCAAUUGUUGAGGGUGUGGGUGACCACGGAUGUGAGUACAUGACCGGUGGUCGUGUCCUUGUCCUCGGACCUACCGGCCGUAACUUUGCUGCUGGUAUGUCCGGUGGUAUUGCAUACGUGCUGGACAUGAACCAGGACUUCCACUCCAAGGUCAACCUGGAGAUGGUUGAGGUAUCUGGUAUCGAGGAACCCUCUGAGAUCGCCUUCGUUCGCGGCUUGGUUGAGGAUCACCACCACUACACUGGUUCUGAGUUGGCUGCUCGUAUCCUGCUUGACUUCACCCGUGCUCUGCCCCACUUCGUCAAGAUUCUGCCCAUUGACUACAAGCGUGUCAUGGAAGAGGAGGCCGCCAAGACGCAAGCUGCGAAGAAGGCCGAGUUCACUCUUCCUCAGCUCCCUAGCGCCUCAGUCAAGGCAGAGAAGGCCAAGGCUGACGAGGACAAGAAGACCGAGUUGCUGGAUAUUGAAGAUAGCAUCAGCGACUCCAAGACCGAGAAGAAGCGAUCCGCGCUGAUUCUGGACAAGACAAGAGGAUUCAUGAAGUACAGCCGCCGCAGCGAGAAGUACCGUAACCCUACUACCCGUACUCGCGAUUGGGGUGAGAUUUCCAACCGCCUGAGCGAGGAUGAACUCAAGUACCAGUCUGCUCGUUGCAUGGACUGUGGUGUUCCCUUCUGUCAGUCUGACACUGGUUGCCCCAUCUCCAACAUCAUUCCCAAGUGGAACGAGUUGGUCUUCCAGAAUCAGUGGCAGGACGCCCUGAACCGUCUGCUCAUGACCAACAACUUCCCUGAGUUCACUGGUCGUGUCUGCCCUGCCCCUUGCGAAGGUUCCUGUGUUCUGGGCAUCAACGAGGACCCCGUUGGUAUCAAGUCCAUCGAGUGCGCUAUCAUUGACCGUGGAUUCGAGAUGGGUUGGAUGGUCCCUUGUCCCCCCAAGACUCGCUCUGGCAAGACCAUUGCCAUCAUUGGUUCCGGUCCUGCUGGUCUAGCCGCUGCUGACCAGCUGAACCGCGCUGGUCACAGUGUCACCGUCUACGAGCGUGCUGAUCGCAUGGGUGGUCUCCUCAUGUAUGGUAUCCCCAACAUGAAGCUCGAUAAGAAGGUUGUCCAGCGCCGUAUUGAUCUCAUGGCUGCGGAGGGUGUCAAGUUCGUUGCCAGCACUGCUGUUGGACCCGACUGCGAGGUUUCUCUCCAAUCGCUUCGUGCCAGCAACGACGCUGUCAUCAUUGCUACUGGUGCCACUGUCGCUCGUGACCUCAAGGUCACUGGUCGUGAGCUGGAUGGCGUGCACUUCGCCAUGCAGUUCCUGCACAAGAACACCAAGUCUCUUCUUGACUCUGGCCUUUCGGAUGGCGAGUACAUCUCUGCCAAGGACAAGCACGUCGUUGUCAUUGGUGGUGGUGAUACUGGAAACGAUUGUAUCGGUACUUCCGUCCGUCACGGCGCCAAGUCAGUGACCAACUUCGAGUUGCUGCCUCAGCCUCCUCCAGAGCGUGCCCGCGACAACCCUUGGCCUCAGUGGCCUCGUAUCUACCGUGUCGACUACGGUCACUCUGAGGUCAAGACACAUAUGGGCAAGGACCCCCGUGAAUACUGUGUCAUGUCUACUGAGUUCGUUGACGACGGCAACAAUCGCGUUAAGGGCAUCAACACUGUCCGUGUUGAGUGGACCAAGAGCGCUACUGGCGGUUGGGACAUGAAGACCGUCGAGGGCAGUGAGCAGUUCUUCCCUGCUGACCUUGUUCUCCUCUCCAUGGGCUUCUUGGGUCCCGAGGAUCGUCUCCUCGACCCCCCUGGUCACUACUCAACCAACAUUGGCGGUGUCUACGCUGCCGGUGAUUGCCGCCGUGGACAGUCCUUGAUUGUCUGGGGUAUCAAUGAAGGUCGCCAGUGUGCUCGCGAAGUGGACAGCUUCCUCAGCGGCACCAGCUCCCAGCUUCCUGUCACUGGUGGUAUCGUCCGCCGUCCUGCCAUCGACACCGUUCCCCAACCCAUCGAGACUCAGGUUGUCGCCUAA